AUGGAUGGAGAGCCUUUUACCUCCAAUUUUUUUUCCUCUGGAAACUUCCCUUCCGAAAUUGGCAUUACCUUGGAACAGAAAACUACAUUUGCCUUUGUGAUUUUACUGUUUAUUUUCCUUGGUGCUCUCAUUGUCCGAUGUUUUCGAAUCCUCUUAGACCCUUACAGGACUAUGCCAACUGCCACCUGGACAGAUGGACUUGAGGGGUUAGAAAAAGGGCAAUUUGAUUAUGUUUUAGCUUAG